AAGAACCAGAAGAAAAAACAGAGAGCGAACAACAUGUUGGGCUUCGUGGCGCACCAACAGAAGUCACGAUCCACCACGACGCAAAAUACUCAAAUAUCAGCGCGGAGAUGAGCAACAACAACGAAUUGAGUGAGGUGCUCAAACUGCUGGCAACAAAAAUUACACAAAACGAUUCCAGUAAAAAUAAUAUCCCAAUCGAGAGCUUUUCUAAGGUUGUUCCUGAGUUUGAUGGAGUGUCAAUUCCAAUUAAGCAGUGGAUAAAAUGUUUCGAUGAAAAUGCCGAUGCCUACGAAUUGACUGACAAGCAGAAAUAUGUGAACGCUCGUAUAAAAAUUAAGGGAACAGCAAAGUUAUUCCUGGAGACCACCACUGUGUCGGAUUAUCAUACGUUGAUUGGAUUGCUGUUGGAUGAAUUUGACAAGACCCUGACCAGCGCUGAGGUACAUAAGCAGCUAAGCGAACGAAAGAAACACGAAAACGAGAAUUUUCACGAAUACGUCUUAAAUAUGCGAAAGAUAGCUGCUCUUGGAUGUGUAGAUGAUUAUGACAAAAUCAGCAGUGGACCGCAAACAAGCAGCGAAAAAGUAUGACGUCGGUAAAGCAGGAACUCUGGGAAAACGAUUUGACCAGAAUCAAAGGCAUUGUUUCAACUGUGGAUCAACGCAACAUAUGAGAGCCGAAUGCAAGGAAGAUACUAAGUGCUUUAAAUGCAACGGCAGUGGACAUACAUCCCGUGAUUGUCUGGGCUUAAAACCAAGCGUCAAUAUAAUCAGCGAGACAAGGGAAAAGGUGCUGUUCAUCAAUAAUAAAACU